AUGGAACACUUUUGCUACUCUGCUUCCGUUGGAACACAUUCCUUAAGCUACGCACUACGAGGAAUCCCAAGAGAGCCAGGUACACCUCUUGUCAUCAUCCUCCCCGGAAUCACACGCAGUGCCUUGGAAUGGAGUGCAGUCUGUCGUUAUCUCGAGUCUGACGCAUCAAUCUUCCUAUACGAACGUUCUGGAUAUGGUCGCAGCGAAGAGUCUCCAAACGAGCCUGACUCACUCACAAUCAUAAACGAACUAUGCCAUCUACUGAAAUCUGCUGCCCUCGAUCCACCAUACCUUGUUGUGGGGCACUCGUGGGGCGGAACCCUCGCUCGGGAAUUUGUUGCAGCACGACCAAUUGAGGAUAUCUCCGGCUUGGUACUAGUUGAUGCAGUACAGGAACGCAUGCAAUUCGAGACAUGGCCCGAUCCUAGCAUUUCAGCCGUCUCGGAAGGUUUGGAUUAUUUCGAUGUUGUUGGACUCACAAGGAACCACCAAUUGACGGCUUCCGAGUGGAGUGAGUAUAUGGCUGAGCAAUUUAGCGAGAAGCACGUUCGACAGGCAAAUCGAGAAUUGCCUUAUCUUCAGAUUAGCCGGUCUGUCAUUGAGCAGAAGCGACAACUUGAGCCUGGCAAGAAUCUACUCCAAGGAAGGCCUCUGAGUGUGCUUAUGGGGAACUCCAGGCGGGAUGUGGCGUUGAUGUAUGCGGCCGGCGUGGCUCGUGGUAGAGGUACUGAGGCUCAGAGAGCUACUUUUCGGGAUUACUUGGCUACAUGGGAUGAAAGUGAGAAUUCCUUUCAACGAGAAUUUCUCCAUAUGUCAAGCUUGAGCCGCUUAUCCGUGGCAACAAAGAGUGGACAUAAUGUACCAAUCACGGAGCCUGAGUUGAUCGCUGACGAGAUUCGAUGGGCGCUUCAAAAUGUUCCCAGUUAG